AUGGCACAAAGACAUUCGAAGUACGUUGUUCAAAAGUAUACUGAACAACAAUCAGAUUUACAUUUGUCCUCUCAAAGCCGGUUGGAGGACUCAACAGACCCAGUUGAUGUAGAAAAGUGUGGUAGCGCGAGGAAAAAUCAUCUGUUUCAAGAUUCUGGAAGUCGUGCUGGCAGUCAAUGUGGUUUACAAACACCGGAAAAAUCGCAAGAGGAAAUCGUUGCUCCUUCCCUCCAAAAUUCUGAGGCAUCAGUCUUCCAACCUCGACAUCACAGACCUGCAUCCGCCAAAGGACAGAGGGUGAAAAGAGAUGAUGUAAAGAUGUCAACCGAUCAACAGGAUAGUAAACGUGAACCAACUGAAAACUCAAGAUCGGUACCACCUCGCCCAAGACGUUCUGGAGAUUUUAUAAUUGAAGAUAAUCACAAACAAGUGAAUAUGACAUGUAUAUCUGGACUUAUUAUUUCUGAUUCACAACAAGAUACAACUGAUGAAGAACACGAUGAUGAUAAUAAUGAUGAUAAGAAAUUUGUUAGCGAAGAAACUCCUGGUAAUAUAUCAGCUGAUAUUUUAACAAAACAGUGGGAUAAAACUGAGCCAGAAGAUAAUCAUGAACAUGGUGGUUUAGUCACUAAAAUAUUACAGACGAAAAAAGAAUAUGAAAAUGUCAAUACAAUGAAUAAAGAAAGUUUAAAAGUACAGUCUAGCGGAUUGAAUGAAGCAGCUAAAGAACGUGAGAAAGCUUUAUUAAAAAAAGAAAUUAAUCGUUUAUGUGAUUCACUGCAAACACUAUCCCGUUCAGCUAUUCCAUUGAGUAAACUGAUGGAUUUUGUUCAAGAAGAUUUAGAAACAAUGCAACAAGAAUAUGAACGUUGGAAAACUGAAAAUCAUAUACUUAAAUCUCAAUUGAAACAACAGGAAAAUUUAACCCAAACAUGUAUAGAACCCUUGAAAGCUCAACUAGAUGAAUUAGAAAAAUAUGCCAAAGAAAAAGAGAAGGCUAUUAUUAAAUGUAAAGCUAAAAUAUUUCAUAACAAUGAGCGUAUACAAAAUUUAUUGUUUAAAUCAUUGGAAAAAGUUUUGUGA